UCAGAUGAAUCUCUAGGAAGGAUAACCAGACUGAUCAAACAAAUUGGUGGCAAAAGAAAGGCACAAGAUGAUCCUGAAACAAAAAAGCCUACAACAACAAAGAAGCCUCCUACAACAAAGAAGCCUCCUACAACAAAAAGGCCUCCUAUAAGACCUACAACAAAACCCACAACUACCACAGCAUCUCUUGGUACACUUCCAGAUUGCUCUGCGAAAAAGACCCUGAAUGAUGAAGCUGUAAUCUCUGUUGGGACCCUUAACCACAAAGUGAAGUGCGAGGCAGGAUGGACCAUAAUGUUAAACCGCUAUGAUGGCUCGCAAUCCUUCAACAAAGUUUGGAGAUUCUAUAAAGAUGGCUUUGGUGAUGUGCACAAAGAACAUUAUGUUGGGAAUGAGUUUCUGCACCAGAUAACGUCAAAUCCAAGAAAGAAAUACAAACUACAUAUUGAAAUGUCUGACUUCGAUGGCAAUAAUCAUUAUGCAGAAUAUUUAGACUUUUCGAUUGAAUCUGAGACCAAUAACUAUAAGCUGCACAUUGGUGAUUAUUCGGGGGAUGCAGGGGAUGCAUUAGGGGAUGCUGACUUUGGUUCCAGAGGGAUGAACUUCAGUACAUAUUAUCGGAGCCCAGGUAAUUUACAAAAAUUUAACUGUGCCAGGGGAUUCAAUGGGGGUUGGUGGUUCAAUCGAUGUUUUGUAGGAUUUCUCACAGGAAAAUAUAAUCCAACCAA